UCAAAUGGUUCUACCCUUCGGUCUCUCACGCACGACCAGGUUGCUGCAGUUAUUUCCAAAACCUCUGCUACUCAACAGCGCUUGACAUUUUUGCGCAGGCUUAUCCGCCUUGUCUUCGUCGAGUUAUCUGCCUGGCUAUCCGGCGCCGAUGAUGCAAUUUGCUGGCUUCAGCGCCGGCAGCAUGAUCUCACUGCUAGCUCGGCCGACUGGUUGAAUGCCAAGCGCAGAUUGACUUUACGUUUGACAAUGAGUGGUCUGGUUGAGGGACUUAGACGAAGCGAGACUACACCACGAGCUGAAACAAAAAAGCGUAAUCAGCAAGGGCAAAUGGAAUCUUCUCUUAAUAUGAAGAGUAAUCAGGAAGAAAAAAAGAUGGAAACUGAAGAAGAUGAGGAUGACGAAAUAUUAUUCGGGGAAGAUGAUGCUAAUGAAGAAGAGAUAGACGAUGAGGAGGAACACGAAGAGGCCACGAUGGAGGACAUCAUGCCAGCACUAGUUCGGAAAAAAGCCAAGCAUCAUGCUCAAUGCACUGAGGUGGGCUUAUUUGCUAAACUUUACGAUUUACUUCCAAAUUAG